GUUUCUUCUCUAUUCACUUUUCAGAGAUAAACAAAGCUUUUGAGAAAGCAAAAAUUAAAAAAAAAUGGCUUCUUAUUUCAGAGUUUUUCUUUUCUUAGCUGUUUUCGUUGCUUCAUCUAUAGCUCAAUCUCCAGCUCCAGCACCAAAAAUUUCUCCGGCAGCAACACCUACUCCGGCGCCUGCGCCGGUACAAUCGCCGCCUACACCAACUCCAUCUCCGGCACCAUCUACAUCGCCUACUACUUCACCAACUCCAUCUCCGACCUCUUCCGCAACUUCCCCAUCUCCAUCUCCGGCUGGAACCGGAGCCGUUUCACCCCCGGCGCCAACUCCUACCGGCGGUUCACCGGCGGAACAGCCUUCCGCCGACAACACGCCGCCUAACGCCGCUAACAGGGCCGUCAUUGGCGGUGCUGCAUUCGCUGGCGUGAUCAUAGCUGCUGCUUUUAUGUAGAGGCGACACGUGUCCUAACACGUGUAUAGUUCUUUUGAUGGACGGUCGAGAUCUGUUUUGUAAAACCUAUCUCUCUUUUUACUUCUUAUUUUGUUUAAUUACGUCAUUUAUUUGUUUGGUACAUUGUGUUUUUUUUUGUUGUUGUUAAUUAUAUUUUCAUUUUAGAGUGAAUCAUUCAUCAUCCUAUGUACAUUCAAGUGAAAUAAAUUUGAGUUUUUAUUCUUUUUGUUAUGA